CAAAAUAGUAGCGUCGGUUACAGUGUACAGGGCGGAAUUUAGUGCGACAGACCGCCGCCAUAUUGGAUUUUUGCUUGGAUGUUUUAUUAACUCAAAAUGGAGGCUAGACACCUGGUGUGGGCCGCAGUCCUGCUUUUUGUCAUCCUAGCAGUGGUGGAAGCGCAACCCCCUCCCAUAUACACGCAACAAGGACUAUUCCGUUAUGGUUUGGACAACCGGGACACCAGACUAACGAAAGGGAACGACAUCAGCUCCCUGCCCCUGCGGCUAAGAUGGGGCCUCCCGUUCUACAACAAGAAAUAUUGGAGCAUUUACAUAAACGACAACGGCGUUCUGUCGUUUGACAAUGCCUUCAACGACCACUCGGAGCAGCAGAACCCUUUCCCGGUUGGACCCAUUCCAGCCAAUACUCCGGGCGAAGUGCCAACUCAGAGGAUACUGAUCGCUCCGUUCUUCGCCAACGUGGAUAUCACCCAGAGCGGGCAGAUCUACUACCGCCAGAGCACAGAGAAGGACCUGAUGGACAGGUGCAACGCCGCCAUCCGCCAGCACUUCAUCAAAUUUGCUGAUUUCCAGACCAAGUUCAUGGUUAUUGCAACCUGGGUGGGAGUCGGCUUCAGGGGGUACAGCGGCGGUUCUGCCCCGGCGAAUACAUUCCAGGUUGUCUUGGCAACCGACGAGUUCGAAACGUUCGCCUUCUUCCGAUACGAAACCAUCCAGUGGACCACGGGUACAGAAAGUGGAGGCUCUGCCAGCACCGGUACCGGUGGCAAAGCUGCGAUUAUGGGUUUCAACGCCGGGAACGGGGAGAAUUACUACACUCAGCAGGAGUACAGCGGCCAGUCCGACCCGCUCAAGACUCUGCCCCAGAAUACCAAUAACGACGAGACGGGCAUGUUCAUGUACCAGAUCAGCCGCAUCACUGUGCAGUAUCCACUCUGCAAACAAGGGGUCGUCCGGACCUUCCCUCUCUUCGAUUCCAUGCUGGGUCAUUCCUGGUUCUUCUUGGCCGGCCCGUGCUUUGACCGCACCCGGGAGCACUGGGUGCUCUUCGGCGACGUGGACAACCCCAAGGCUGUCCAGAACUGCACCUACCACUCCAAGUGGAUGGUCUACUGUUUCACGCCCACCUUGUUCGAGGUAGGCCACAUGGACAUCGCGCUGUCUACCGACGACGGCUUGACCUGGCCCCACAAGGGCGAGUUUGACGUGGUGAAAAUUGGUGACACACCACAGCGGGUGACCCGCAUAAAUCCCGACAGCGAGGCCUGGCUGCGCGCCGACCGUCCCGUUACCAUCGAGUGGGACCCCAGGCUCAUUAACUUUACCCAGGUCCGCAUCGACGUGCUGGCGUACACCGAGACCAUAGACCCCGACACGGGACUGCCGGGCCCGCCCAAUUGGGAAGAGAUAGACGAGGUUUCGUACACGGUGCCCAACACCGGCCGGUACACGUGGAUUUCGCGAGCCGUGUUCCAGGUGAACGACAGGAACUGCAUCGGUGUCAUCCGGGUCACUCGGCGCUUCAAACGUGACGACUUGGCCCUUUGGAGCGACCUUCACUUCCUGGGCUACAUCAUGAACGACAAGUUCCAGAACGACCCUGCCACCUACGCCAACCUCCGCUGCGACGAGUUCUACAAGCGAGAGGUCGAAGGCAACUAUGCGGAGGAUCUGCUCAACAACCUCCGGCCCUGCCCCUGCAACCUGACCCAGGCCCUGGCUGACAGGGGCCGCUUUAAGCCCGACCCUAUGUGUAACAUGGACGACGCCGUGCAGGACCGCACGCAGGAGUACUGCCGCUUCCGGGAUGACGUAGUACACUGCGUCACCAGCAUCGUUCCUUCAUCCACGGGCUACGACUCGACGUGCUGCUAUGAUGAGUUUGAGAAUCUGGUCUACGCCGGAGACAGCUCCUCCGGAAGCUUCUCUCGGAGGGUCACGAUUGAGGGCAUCCCGCCCUACAACGAACCCCAGAAGGUACCCCAGCUGUCCUCGGGCAUAGCCGACCUCGCCCCUUACUACAUGUGCUGCAUAUGGGGCGACCAUUGUGACUAUUAUCAGGAGGUUAGGCCGACACGCGACUGUCGCUGGUACCGUUCAGUUCGUCCAGCCUCCGUGUUUGGAGACCCUCACUUUGGGACGUUCGACGGCGUCAUAUACACCUUCAACGCCAAGGGCGAGUACGUGCUGAUGGAGACCACCGAGCAAUCACAGACCAAGUUCCAGCUGCAAGGCCGCUUCGAGCAGAUCCAAGACCGAAACGGUGUUAUGAGGAUGGCGACGGCUUUGACGGCCGUGGCGAUGCAGCAAGAGGACAGAGAGAAGAUUAUGGUGCGCAAGUCCGACCGGACUGUCUUGGAAGUGUACAUCGACACCACGCUCCUCGAGCCUGACGAGCAGACCACGAUCCGAAGAGACAGUUUCUUCAUCACCUUCCCUCAGCUGUACGAGAAGGGAAACCUGACCCAGGUCAUUGUGACGUUCAUCGACUCAGAGAUGGCGGUCGUUGUCAACGGCACGCAGGAGAUGCUCACGGCCCAAGUCCUGGUGCCCUACAGAUUCAGGAACUGGGUGAGGGGACUAUUUGGAUCCUGGGACGAAAAUAAGGACAACGACCUCCAAUCCAGGUCAGGGCAGAUAUUUAAGCCAACGGACGAUCCUUUGGCACUCUACCAGAACUUCGGACAAACAUGGGAGAUAGAAAGCGACGGGACGUUGUUCCACUACGAAGGACUCACCCACGAUGACUUCCAGGACGAGACCUUCGUCCCGGACUUCGACGCGCCCGGGGACACCCAACUGCCGCAGCCCACGGACUUGGAGCGGAUUUGCCGGGGGAAUUCCUACUGCACGUACGACCUCAUGACUACGGGCAACAUCGAGCUGGCCAAGGCUACCAUGCUGGCUUACGACCAGUUCUGGCUCGCUUAUGGAGCUUCGUUCGAUCUAAUCACCUGUGAUUAUCUAAAGACUCCUAAAAACGGCACCAAGACGUUCCUGAGAAAGAGAGAUCACCAAGUUGGGUCAGAGAUCGAAUUUGCGUGCGAGGAUAAUUUUAUCCUCGUCGGCUCUCCAUACCGGGUGUGCGAGCCGCCCCAAGUGAAUCAAGGAGAGUUCCGUCAAGGCCAGUGGAGCGGGAACGAAAUCGACAACACCUGUGUGGAGAGUCUCAUCUGUGGAGGGCUGCCAACCCCAACACACGGCAGCCUGCGAGUGGAGGGUCCCCCGGAGAACAUGAAGGUGAUCUACUCAUGCGACGAAAACUACGACUUGUACGGGCGGACGGAGCGAUUCUGUGACACGGAGAGAGAGACUUGGAUUUAUAUCGAACCAUACUGCUACCACAAACUGAACCCCAUCGAGGUAGCCGGAGCGGUCGUAGGAGGCAUAGCCGCCUUGGUCGUCUUCAUCGUCCUCAUUGCCAUCUGCUGCGUCCUGCAGAUAAGGUCACGCAAAAGGAAAUCUCACUUCCCGGGAGACAAGGUCUCUAAGAAGCAGAAGCGAAAGCAGAAGCAGCCUAAGAAAGGGGAUGCACCGGACGUCAGUGGUCGCGAGCCCGCGUAUCAGGUCAGCGACACGCCCGUGGAGGUCCAGCGCUUCCCCAAGACGGCCAUCGAGCCUUCAGAGGACCCGUACAGCCGGCAGCUGCGCCAGCAGCUGCAACAGCGCCCGCAGUACACCAACGUACCGAGCCGGCCAAGUCCUCACUCUUCUCAAACCCUGCCUUACGCGGAGAAAGACCCCAUCCCUGGAACCGGCAGGGCGCCGCCUCCAGAGAUGAUCUCCCCGACCGAGCCUCGCUAUGGCUACACCGACCCAGACAGCGCUUACCCACCAGUUGGCGGCGAGGAGAUUGAGAUGGAACUUCAGCACGGCAAGAGCUUGGAGAGCUGGGCCUAGACUGGCCUCUAGUCCUUCCACCGUGCGUUAAACGCUCGUUCCUUUAGCCGGACCUUGACUGGUAACUAAAUGCGUUGCUUUCUAUACAGUUCAAGGGGCAGUUGGAGUGGAAAACCAUAAGACUGGGAAUUUGACUGACCUGAAAGAAGGUUGACCCUAUACGGACACUUCUAAGUCGAUUAAUUAUCUUAAUUUGACUGUCAGAGUAACCUGUUUCACAUUUGGUCCUUCAAAGUUACGUAGGGGGCCUACAUAGUUCCAUGCCAAAAGUAUUUACUACGGCUCGGGUUGUUCUUGGCUGCGGAGGAAUACCUUCCUGAAGGUCCUGUUACAGUGUGGCCACUGACUUGAAAUGAAAACAUAAACCACUAAACAUUCCUUUGUCCACUGUCAAUUUAUAAUCAGAAUUAUACACAAAUAACUUCCAAACGCAUAAUCUCUUUUCCUCUAUUAAACUUGUCAAAGUAUAGACCAGUUCAUUUCAAUCACCGGUACAAAAUAUCCCAGACUGCUUUCACAGGAAGAGUAUAAAAUGAUGUCCAAAUGCCAAAGUAUUUGUCUAGUUAGUGUAAACUUUUUUUUUCGUGUAAGCAUUUUCGAGUUUAGUCAAUCUGUACAUACUUUGUUAGUUCGAUUAUGUAUACCAGGGAAGAUAUGGGCCAGAGGGGUACCCCCCUUACAUGUCAGAUCCCUAUACACACUCUAGACUAUUGUUACCUAAUACAUCCCCCCUAGAAGU